AUACUGCUUUGAGAGGAAAAAAAGGAACGCCUCGCGACGCGUCUCCUGUUCUGCCGCCACUCCCUCACGACGCGUCUCUCUCCCUCGCGAUGCCUCUUCCUCUGCUGCCGCUGCCAUCUCCUCUUCCUCCGGCCGUUCCACCCGCCGGCGCCCUGACCGACGGCAUGCACCCCUGGCCGCCGCUGAUUUGGGCCUGGAGGACGCCCUGGCCGGCGGCCUGGCUGGGGGCCGCCGGGGGCGGCUGAUCAGUGUACUUGUGUGACUGCUCUCUGUGUUGUGCAGGCUCAUCCUGGGCUGAGCGAAGAAGAGAAGGAGAAGGUGAGCAGCGUGGUGGACGGGCGCAAAAGCUGACGCUGGAGGCGUGCACGAACGCCGCGCAGAACGAGCGGCUGCCGUUGCGGACGGUCGUGCAGGUGCUCUUCUUCGAGCAGCUCCAGCUACGCCGGGCCAUCGCGCGGACGAUCAUGGCAAACGAAGGCGGGGCGGCGGGGUCCGGGGAGGAAGGCGGCGGAGACAGCGAUGGCGGCGGGACAUGGCGCGUGGCCACGCGGGGCAACCAGAUGCUGCGGCUGGACAUGGACAGCAUGCGGAGCCGCGUGCAGGAGCUCGAGCGCGAGUGCACGAGCAUGAGAAAAGCCAUCGAGAAGAUGGACGGACGAGGCGCGGCGGCGGACGGGAGGUGGGGCUCGAUGGUGACGAAGCGGUUCGGGUGCAAGUUCCCGGCGCAGGUCUUUCAGUCGCAGCAGCGGACGGUGGUGGCACGGCCUCUCCGGCCACGCAUCGAGCAGAGCCCAUGAGCUCUCGCCGCCGCACAUCGUAGAGCUUCGAGAUUUCCUUUCUUCUGUUCUCUUGAUUCUUUACUUCGAUUUGUGAAAAAAUUCAGAGUUUCCCCUUGGCUACCGUUGUGUCCUUUUCCAUGUUCUACUCUACCAUUGAAUUGCGUAUUAGCAGCUAGCUGCACAAACUGUACUCGAGAGUCUUCUUGCUGGCCAACGCAUGAAACCACAAAUUGGCCAA